AUGGCAGAAAGUGAGUCUGAAUCCAAGACCCGAGGCCGCGCGCCUGGCUCUACCAGCUCGUUUACCGCCUCUGGGGGUAAUGUUUCCAAACCCGUGGAUAUCGACGAGAUAACAGUUUGUGAAUUACCUCUCCCCGCGCUGUGGAGAGACAAGAUGAGCGUCAUUCUGUGCACUGCGGGUUACGACCAUACCAUUCGGUUUUGGGAAGCGCUCUCGGGUAUUUGUUCACGUACCAUUCAGCACCCAGACUCACAGGUCAAUCGCCUUUGCAUCACUCCGGAUAAGAGAUUCCUCGCUGCUGCUGGUCACAAUAACGUCAAGCUCUUUGACAUCAAAUCUACCAAUCCCAAUCCUGUGAUCACUUUUGAAGGUCACACGAACAACAUCACCGGAGUCGCAUUUCAUUGCGAAGGAAAAUGGAUGGUCACUAGCUCCGAGGAUGGAACGGUGAAAGUCUGGGACACCCGCACUGGUAGCCUGCAACGCAAUUACGUCCACCGGGCUCCGGUCAACGAUGUGGUCAUUCAUCCCAACCAGGGUGAACUCAUCAGUGGUGAUCAUGCCGGCAUGGUCCGCGUCUGGGACUUGGGUGAGAGUGUUUGUACUCAUCAACUGAUCCCAGAGGAGGAUACUGCUGUUCUCAGUGUCAGUGUUGCCAGUGAUGGGUCAUUGCUCUGCGCUGGAAAUAAGAAGGGAAAUGUCUAUCUAUGGCGCAUGGUCCAAACUGAUGAUACUACCCGCAUCAUUCCAGUCUGUACAUUCCAAGCUCACAAAGACUACCUCACUCGUGUCCUCCUUUCUCCCGAUGUCAAACAUCUUGCAACCUGCUCCGCGGAUCAUACCGCCAAGGUUUGGAACCUCGACGCCGAGUUCCCGCCUGCCAAGGCAGCAUUGAAGCAAUGGAAGGAGCAGGAAGCAUUGAACCCUCCGGCUGAAGCCCCUGUUGAAGCUCCGGUGACUCCCGUCGAGGCUCCUCCGCAAUCCCGGGACCUGCUCCGUAUUUUCGAUACACCUGCCCAAGACCGUGAUCUCCUGCGCAUCACUGAUAAUCCUCCUCGCCAGGAGACACCGCAGCAGACGUUCACGUCAUCCCCCGACGGGCCUCCCAUGGAUCCGGUCAACCAUACUCUGUUUUUACAGACCACUCUCGCCAACCACCAGCGCUGGGUCUGGGACUGCGCUUUCUCCGCUGACUCUGCGUACCUUGUGACUGUGUCUAGUGAUCACUAUGCCCGUCUGUGGGAGCUCAGCACCGGCAACAUCAUUCGCCAGUACAGCGGCCACCACCGCGGUGCAGUGUGCGUUGCUUUGAACGAUUACUCCGAACCUCGCUAG